AUGAGCGCUGCAAAGACCAUCUAUGUAGGGAUGCAUGACGGCGUUUGUGCGGUUACCACCGAGGACGGCGGUUCGUCCUGGCAACAGGGCCCGGUUACUUCUCUCCCUCACGCCGCUGCCAGGCUCGUAGCCAGCCCGGUUAACCCCAAACGCGCCUACCUGGUUGCUUACGAAGCCGGGGUGUACCGCACCGAUGACGGGGGUAUGUCCUGGUCUCACCUCGAUUCCUACCCUUCCGACUACGCCCACAGCGUGCUGGCCCAUCCCACCGAGGGCGACACCCUCUACGUCGGCAGCGAACCGGCCACGGUGUACCGCUCCGAAGAUGGCGGCCAGACCUGGUCGGAACUGAAGGGCUUCACCCAGGUGCCCGAGUCGGUGGACUGGAGCUUCCAUUCACCUACCCGCGACUCCCACGUGCGGGACUUGCGGGUUGCCCCCGAUGACCCCAACCGGAUCUACCCUGGGUUGAACGACGACAUUCAUUGCGUGGCCCUGAGCGACGACCGGCCUGGCAGCGUCUAUGUCGCCACCGCCCAGGCUCCCUAUCGCUCCAAUGACGGGGGCGCCAACUGGGAGUUGAUCAACGACGGUCUCGACCGCCGGUACACGCUGCACAUAUCUCCGGCCCCCGACGAUGCCAGCCUCGUGCUGGUAACCGUCUCCGAGAAUGCGCGGCGGCUCAAUCCCCUGUUCUACCGCUCCACCGACAGCGGCGACAACUGGCAACUGGUGGAUGAUGUGGGUCAGGGCACCGAGCCCGAGGACAUGGUCGUCGCCUUUGAGUGGGACCCGUCGGAACCCAAUCGGGUAUAUGCCGGUGCCGACGGUGGCAAGCUCUACCAGAGCGCCGACCGGGGUCGCUACCUGGGAAGAACUGUCGGUCCAUCUCCCAUCCGUGGCGGUGGGGGCAUUGGCCGUAGGCCGCAGCUAGCAGAGCGGGCAAAGCGAGUCUGGCGAGUUUCAAGCCGCCUGUGUGGGCCCUUCGGCCAGCGCAUCGAGUAG